CAGAAUCAGGAUUCUUAUUGUUGUGCGUGUGUGUGUGUGUGUGUUCCAUCAUCAUCAUCACUAUAUAUGAAAGUAAAUUCAGUUUAUUGACAGAACAAAACAAGAAUAAAAUUGAGCAAUGAAUUUAAUCUUAUUAUUAUCAUCAUCAUAAAAUUUUUUUGCAUCAAUAUUAUGUUAUCAGAUGUUUUGUGACAAAUCUAAUCUUUUUAUUAUUAUUAUAGUUUUAGCCAAUCAUUUUCCAUCCAUUCAAUCAUGUUAUCGAUCCACUUUGGAUCCAACAAAUCCUUGUUACAAGAAAAAUUGUCAUCUAGGUGCCGAAUGUAUUAUAUCAUUCGAUGGCCGUACAGCUGAAUGUGUUUGUAUGGAGAAAUGUCCAUCAUAUGGUGAUUCAAGAGGAAGUCGUUUAGUUUGUGGUACAGAUGGCCGUGAUUAUCCUAAUCUUUGUGAAUUGAAUCGACAUGCAUGUGAAUUUUCAAAAGAGAUACAUGUACGAUACAAUGGUUCUUGUGAUCCAUGUUAUGGUGUAAAAUGUCCUGCCUCACAAAUUUGUCAAGUGGAUGAUAAUCGUAAUCCAAUCUGUAAAUGUAAUUGCGCUUGUGAAAAUGAAUUCGAACCUGUUUGCGGUAGUGAUGGCAAAACAUACAUCAAUGAAUGUACACUUCGAGUGGAAGCAUGUCGAAGUUCGAAAAGUUUACGAAUAUUACAUCAGAAAGCUUGUUCAGAAAACAAUGCAUGCAAAUCAUUGAAAUGUUCACAAUAUCAAGAUUGUGAAAUUAAUCGCUAUGGAAUAGCUACAUGUCAAUGUCCAACCAGUUGUAGUAAGAUAUUGAAACCGGUAUGUGGUACCGAUGGCCAAACAUAUGAUUCUGAAUGCGAUCUAAAACGUCAGGCUUGCAUCAAUCAUCGAAAUAUUAGCAUCCGAUAUAUGGGUACUUGUGAUUUGGAAAAUUUUUGCCACCGAAAUCAUGGUAUCUGUAAAUAUGGUUCAAUUUGUGGCCUAUCACCGACAGGCAAUUAUAGUUGUCUUUGUCCACAAUGUAGUGAAGAAUAUGCUCCUGUUUGUGGUAGCAAUUUGUUAACAUACAAAAAUCGAUGCAAAUUCCGACAGGACAUGUGCGAAAAACAAAUCAAUAAUGUUACAUUUUCCGAUGGUUCUUGUUUUGGAUGUGAAAAUAUCAAUUGUCUUUAUUAUUCCAAAUGUGAAACCGAUGAUCAAGGUGGCCAUUGUGUUUGUCCAACAAAUUGCAAAAAGAAAUAUGAUCCAGUAUGUGGUUCCGAUCUGAUAACCUAUACGAAUGAAUGUGAAUUACGAGUUAAUGCUUGUAAAAAACGACAAAACAUUUUAGUCAUCAAACGUGGUCCAUGUAAUUCAUGUCAAAAUGUUCAUUGUGAAUUCGGUGCCCGAUGUGAGAAUGGAGCCUGUAUUUGUCCAAAAAAAUGUCCUAGUUAUAUUGAUCCUGUUUGUGGAUCAAAUAAUGUUACCUAUGAAAAUCAAUGUCAAUUAAUGGUUUCUGCAUGUUCAAGUUCUAAAAUAAUCAACAUACAAUACAAAGGCUCUUGUGAAGGAAGAAUUCCAUUGCUCAAAAUCACGGAUUCAUUAAGCACACGAUGCCAAUAUAAUACAUGUAAAUAUGGUGGAAUAUGCAUGAUUGAUCAUCAAUCAUCAGAUCGUCAUAAUUGUUAUUGCAAUUUUAAUUGCUCAAUAUUCACGGCAAAUUCGGAGAAAAUUUGUGGAAGUGAUGGUCGUAUCUAUGAAAAUGAAUGCAUAUUUCGCGAAGAAAUUUGUAACCGACAACAAGAUAUUAAAAAAAUGGAUAUGAUUUUUUGUAAAAGAUUUUUAAACAUACCUUGUCAAGGCCAGCCACCAUUGAUCAAUGAAUAUACCAAAAAAGAAUACGAUUGUCAGCACCAGAAUUGUCCGAAAAAUAGCUACUGUCAUAAAGGAUUGGAUUUUGCUAAAUGUUGUCAGGAAUUGGAUUUCGAUGAAGAUUGUUCCGAUACGGUUUUCGGUUGCUGUCCUGAUCAGAAAACAUUGGCACUUGGACCGAAUCAAGCUGGAUGUCCGAGUAUUUGCCAAUGUAAUCGACUUGGGUCAUAUCUGGCCAAAUGUGACCCCAGAUCACAUCAUUGUUAUUGCAGACCAGGUGUCGGUGGUUUUCGUUGUGAUCGUUGUGAAGCUGGUUAUUGGGGAUUGCAUAAGAUUUCCGAAGGAAAUGCCGGAUGUAUUCGUUGUAAAUGUAAUAAAAUUGGAUCAUCUCGAAUCGAUUGUGAACAAAUGACUGGCCGUUGUGUGUGUAAACCAGGAUUCCAAGGAAUGAAAUGUGAUAUUUGUUCGGAAACAACAUUUGGACAUCUGGAUCAAUGUCCAAUCGACCUCAAUAUUACGACCGAUAUGAUAUCUUGUACUGAUAAUAUUCAAUGCAAUUUCAGUGCAAUAUGCAAAAAUUCCCAUUGUGUUUGUGAUUUUGAUUGUCCUUUCAGUACGGAUCCAGUAUGUGGUAGUGAUGGAAAAAUCUAUGAAUCUGAAUGCCAUCUGAAAUUGUAUUCAUGUAAAACGCACAAAUCUAUCAUGUCAUUACCAUCGGAUAGUUGUUAUCCUACUACGGUUGUAUUUCAAGAUUCCGCCACAACAAGUCCAGUACGUCGUUCAACUCGUUAUCAAGAUUAUGAUGUUCGUUUGACUAAAAUGUUGGACAUGUCCGAAAAUGAGAUUGUUUUGAAUACAGGUCCAACCAUGCCAACAAUGGUUGAUUAUGAUUAUCGAUAUGAAGAAUCGGAAAAUAUUCACUUCAACGGUGAUGCUUUCCUCGAAAUGGAUACACUUAAAGCACAUUCGAAAGUGAAAAUUAAAUUGGAAAUCAUAACAUUUUCUAUGGAUGGUAUCAUUCUGUAUAAUGGACAAACAAAUACGGGAGAAGGCGAUUAUAUUGCAUUGAUUAUCAAAAAUUCAUUUAUUGAAUUAAGAUUCAAUCUGGGAAGUGGAACUGUUGUUCUGAAAGGAUCAAAGCCUGUUACACUUGGCCGUAAUCUAGUCAUACAGAUUAAUCGUCAAUUUGCCGAAGCUUCACUAUCUAUAAAUAAUGAUCAGAUAAUCGGCAAAAGUGAAGGUCCUCACAAACUUUUAGAUUUAGGUCAUAGUCUUUUCAUCGGUGGAUUACCAUCAUUGAAUCAGAAAAAAUUUGCCGAUCUUCUAAGCGUAAAGAAAAACUUUACUGGUUGUCUACAUUCAUUGAUCAUUAAUGAUAAUCGUGUUCAUUUGGAUCAGAAUUCCGAAUUUAUUAACUGGAUCAAUAUCGAAAAUUGUGACAAAAGUGCUUGUAAUCAAUCGUUUUGUAAAAAUGGUGGCAAAUGUCGGCAACGUAAUUUAUCAUUUAAAUGUAUAUGUCCAAAAGAAUUUAUUGGUGAACAAUGUGAAACGAAAAUAUGUUCAGGACAUAAAUGCACAUUCUGUCAAUAUGAUCAUCAUGUUUGUAAUAAAUCUCAUUCAGUUGCUGUCAUGGAUUUCUGGAAUCAAUCCUAUGUACAAUUGCCAACGUUACAAGGUGUUAGCCAAACAUUUGUAAUUGAAGUUUGGCUUAUGACACGAGCAUUGAAUGGUUUAGUCAUGUUCAAUGGCCAUACUCAAGGUGAUUUCCUUCAACUUCAUCUAAAUCAGGGUCAUAUUUAUUUUGAUUUUAAUCUUGGAAAUCCAAAAAACAAAAGUGGAAGUGUUUCUAUCAAGUCUCAAAAUCGAUUGAAACUUGGAGAAUGGCAUCGAAUAGUCAUGAUACGUCAAUCUAAAAUUGGAAUGUUACAAAUGGAUGAUGAUCCCUUAUUGACAGAUAUGGCAAUCGGAAAUCUGAAUGAAUUAAAUCUCAAUCAACCAUUAUAUCUGGGUGGUAUGCCUUCCACACAAAAUGUUAGCGACUAUUUUAAUGGAGCAAUACAACGUAUUGUGGUCAAUGGCAUCAUACAACGAAACAUUAUUGAUAAGGCAAUAAAUCUAGUGAAUGUUCAACCAUAUCAGGGUCCACCUUGUGGAGUAGAAAAUCCAUGCCAUAAUGGCCAAUGUUUACCAUGGUUAAAUGCAUUCAUUUGCCGUUGUCAGCCAAAUUAUCACGGUGAAUUUUGUGAAAAAGCUAUCGAAAAGAAUUCCAAUUCAAUAUUACGAAGAUCCUAUUUGGACAAUAUGACUACAGUGGAUUUGCAAUUAAUUAAUUAUCAUAAAAAUUUAAUCGAAUUGAAAUUACGGACAAAAAAUGAAGAUGGAUUAAUCUUUUGGUUGAGCAAUGAUUCGAAUACAAUUUCGGAUUAUAUUGCAUUAAUAUUGAUCGAUGGUUAUCUGGAAUUCAGUUUUAAUCUAGGUAUACGAUCCACUUAUCUUAGUAUACGAAGUUCAAUCAAGAUCAAUGAUGGUGAACUUCAUCAGGUUACACUAACCAGAGAUAAACGAAUAGGCACUAUGGAAGUGGAUGAAAAAUACAUGUCCAGCUCUCUUUCUCAGGAUGGCGCCAAUGAAUUGAAUACAAAUGGAAAACUAUGGAUCGGUGGAUGCCAUUCGCUACCAAAUGGCCUUACACCGGCUUAUUAUCAAAAUUUUAUCGGCUGUAUAGAAAUGCUUAAAAUCGAAGGAAUAUUGAUCAUAAAUAAUGUACAGAAUUCAUUUGACUGUUCUUUCAAUUAGUAAACAAUUAUUUAUAAGAUAGAUUUUUAAGACUAAUAAAUAUAAAAGAUAAAAGAA